CCUAAUUCGGUACCGGCAAUAAAAUAACGAAUAUUACACAAGUAUCAACAAAUAUUUUGAAUAAAAACGAUAGCAAGAUGGUCGGACUGAGAAUGCCCUCCAACCGGACUCUGGGAAACAUUUGCGUAUACGGCGCAGUAGCCUCGAUAUCCGCCGUUAUGUACAUGAGAUGGACGAUGGAGGAUCGGGUGCGAUCCUGUGAGUACUACAAACUGGCGUUAAAAGCAUUGCGAAGCCAUCGAGGGGCCACAGCGCUUCUGGGCGAGCCCAUUAAGGAUUCGGGCAUAGAUCUAUCCAACGUCAACAACAAUUGCAAUGCGGAGAUGGCACAUUUCGAGGUUUCGGUGCGCGGCAGCAAAGAUAAAGGAACUCUCUACUUCUGGGCCUCUAAUAAGCCGGAUAGGGGGUGGCUGAUAGACCGACUAGAGCUGGAGACGAAACUUAAUCCCGAUAAGCGCUUCCUGCUGAAAAAAUCAGACGAACUAACCUUCGAUCUGCCCGAGAGUCUUAGUAAACUGCCUGCCCAGCAAAUAGAUUCUAAUGUUAUUUUAUCCGAAUCAAAUAUGCUAAAUAACAAACAAUCAGAAGUGCAUUCAAAGUAACGACAAUUUCCGAUUCAAUUAGUUUAUUCUCAUUAAAUUUGACUAAUUCAAGCAAUCUUAAAUGUUGUAUAGUUAUGUUAUUUUAAUUACAAAUUUAUUGUUUUUAUAAAA